GCGGAGGACAAAUCCCCCCGUGAGACCCUGGUGGGAGAGGCCGUUUUGAAGGGCUCCCCGGCGCAGGAAGGCAGCGGGGAGGAAAAGGGCCGGAGAUCCCCCCGCAGGAGGGGCUCCAAAGCCAGCCCAGGGUGCUCUGAGGAGGAAAGAACCAGCCUGUGCCGGGAAGGCGGCCAGAGCUUGAGCAAGAACUUAAAGGUCGUUGUCCCAAGGCAACAUCCCACUAGAAAGGAAGCCUUCAGGUGCUUGGAAUGUGGGAAGAGUUUCAGGAACAACAGCCACCUGAUCCGACACCAGCAGAUCCACACAAGGAAGCGGCCCUACACGUGUGCGGAAUGUGGGAAGAGCUUCAGAGACAACUCUGAUCUCCUCAGCCACCAGCGCAUCCACACUGGAGAACGGCCCUACACAUGUGAGGAAUGUGGGAAGAGCUUCAGUGACAGCUCCAACCUCCGCACCCACCAGCACAUCCACACUGGAGAACAGCCCUACACGUGUGGGAAAUGUGGGAAGAGCUUCAGGCAGAGCUCCACCCUCCGCUCCCACCAGCGCAUCCACACCGGGGAACGGCCCUACAAGUGCUUGGAAUGUGGGAAGAGGUUUAUGACCAGCUCCAAUCUCUACACGCAUGAGCAGACACACACGGAUGAGAGGCUCUUCCGCUGCACCGACUGCGGGAAGGGCUUCAACCGGAACUGCACCCUCGUCAGGCACCGGCGCAUCCACACCGGGGAGAGGCCCUACAAGUGUGGGGAGUGUGGGAAGAGCUUUGCCCAGAGCUCUACCUUGACCUCACACCAACGGACCCACCGGUAAAGGGAAGCCCUACCAGUGCCAAUAUAUUCUGUGAGUGCAGGGCUUGAGGUGUGUGGGAUUGUGUGGACACAGAGGAAGAACUAACAUUCAGAAACAUAUCUGCUUCCCUGUCUCAAUUAAUAAACCCCAGAGUUUGACACAUUAAUAAUAUCCAUAGCAAUUGUGAUUUGACUGUAUAUUGUGACCUGCAUAUGCACAUGUGAGCAUAAGGACAUACGAAACAGGUGUUGUAGUUUCUGCAGUUCUUGUGUUAUGGGUGAGGGGAGAGAGGAUUCGAGCUAAAAAUUGUCUGAACAUUUUGAGAGUGCAGAGACAUCUGUCUGACCAUCACUAGGUGUGCUUUGAUUUGAAGGCAGAGCAUGUUAAAGA